UGACCGAUUGAUAGCCCAUAGUGAUUUGUCGCUGACAGCAAAGCGAAUCAUGAAAACCGACUGUUGAGAGCCAGAUAAACAACGACAGGAUAACCGAAUUUAUUACCAUGGAUAAGCUAAAAGACUCACUUAGUAUAAUCGCACAAGCACUGAGCAGCUUCCGCGCCUCGGAAGUAUUCAUAUCGUUCAACGGUGGAAAGGACUGUACGGUGCUGUUAGACUUAAUCCACAGUUCAAACCUAAAGGAUGCGAAACAGAUCAAAUGUAUCUACGUUCGUCCACCAAAACCUUUCAGUGAGAUCGAAGAGUUUGUGGAGCAGUGCCGGCAACACUACGGUAUCACCAUAUCAACCGUUGACGGUGGAAUUAAGGCGGCUCUCGAACUUAUCUGUCAGGACGACCCACAGCUAAAGGCCUGCAUAAUGGGGUCACGGCGGUCCGAUCCUUACUGUGAGCGGUUAGCAUCGUUUCAGGAAACGGAUGCCGGAUGGCCACCGCUGAUGCGAAUCAAUCCACUGCUAGAAUGGACGUGUGAAGACAUCUGGAGCUACAUUCGGGAACAUAACGUACCGUACUGUACGCUGUACGAUAGAGGCUACACUUCGAUUGGCGAUCGAACGAAUACAGUUCCAAAUCCUCACCUGAAGGUUGAAACGGACAGUGGGGAAGUGACGUACCUUCCGGCGUACACGUUGCAAGAUGCGGACAAGUAUGAAAGGGCUGGCAGACUAUAGCGAUGUCGCUCUCUAGAUGGUGCCUUUCUACUGAUGAACAAUAACACACACAAACACGUACUCUGCAUUGCUGCUAGUGGUGAUGCUGGUCCACGUACCUUUUCGGGUAACAUUAGGGUAGUUGCCUAGCAACCGUAAAUCCUUCCUUUAGUCUUAUCCUCCAUAAACGAACACCAAGGGUGGACUCUGUUUAAAGUUCUGUUUUACUUACAAAUUAGCUGCUUUGUAUUUUUUUGCGAAGACAAACAUUUUUUUAUUCACUUCGAUUCGUUUUAUACAACUUAUUAGGACAAAUAAAAAAGAAAUGAAAGGAAACAUCCGCCGAAAUGGACGGAAAAUGA